AAAAGAAGGAGGUCAGGUAAGCCGACACCCAACAUCUUCAUAUUAAAUCAAGGUAUAAAUCAUGCUGAUGAGUCACGCAGUAGCUGGAGCCGCGUAAUCUCAAUCCUAGUCAGCUCAGAACAAACCCCCUUUAUGCUCCACGAGGUCGUGAUAUGCUCUUCCUCAGACUUCUUUCAGGUCAUACUACGCGGUGGUGGUGGUGGCGACUGGAAAGAAGCGUCAGAACUCGCCAUUACACUACCCGACAUCAACAGCGAUCAAUUCCAAGUCUACAUGCAAUGGCUAUACAAAGACCACCAAAAGCUCGGGUCUCCAUCAAAACAAGUCACAAAACUCGACCAUGUCGGGCUUCUGCAGUGCUGGAUUAUGGGCGACAAACUGCUGGAUGAUACGUUCAAGGAUCAUGUAAUGGAG